AUGCGCGGGUCGAACGACCGCCUGGAGGUGUUCAAGCUGUCGGAGAACCUCUGGUUCGCCGGAACCGCGCAGCUACCGCCGUUUGAAGACGCUGGAAACGGUGGGAAAAGCGAAGGAGAUAACAGCGGCGGAGAUAACAGCGGCGGAGAUAACAGCGGCGGAGAUAACAGCGGCGGAGAUAACAGCGGAAACAACGGCAACAGCACCGGUAAUGACAACAGCGGAAGCGAUUCGAGCGCGGGGUUCGCGGAUGAUCCGCGCGACUCGAUGGAGUCGCGCAAGGAGGAGCUGCUUGCGCGGCUCCGCGGCGGUGGAAUGGAAGCCGCAAACGCCGAAUCCAGGAGCUCCGCGUCUGCGUCCGCAGCCCCAGCGAGCGCGCCGGCUCCCGCUGUGGAUCCGCUGGAGCAACAGACGGAGCAACGAGUGGCGGAGGUGGGGGAGUUCUCCGCGCGCACGACGGAGCUGAAACCAGUGGUGAAGCGGAAACCGGCGGUUGGGUUUCCCGGGAUCAACGAGUACAGCGGAGUAAUGAGCGGUACACCACCUAAAUACAACAAUACAGUUGUCCUUGUGAGCCCUCCUGACGUCGCUCUGUGUGUGGGCAAUGGAUACAUCCUUCACACUGUCAAUGUUGCGAUGGUUGUGUAUGACAAGCAAGGGAAGCAGCUCACUCGCAUCAUCCCACACAACGAGUUCUUCGGGGUACUGCCAUCAGUGGUGGAGCUUAGGAACCCGUUGAACACAUCAGUGUUUGGAGACAACAUCGGUGACAUGACCUGCACAUAUGACCCGCGCGCCAGGCGCUUCUAUCUCUCCACCUACUGGACUUCAGGGGGUGGCAACAACACGUAUGACAAGUUUGGGCAGACGAGGAGGCGAGGCAACACAACAGUGGGCUCGGGGCUGAUAGUGGCAGCAUCAACCACCGACGACCCCACCCGGGACUGGAAUGUCUUCUUCAUUCCCGGCUCCAACGAUGGCAUCAACUCCAAUCCGGACUGGAGGGCGCCUCUGCACUUCAACUCGUCUCGACUCACCAUGUUUUUGGACUACCCUCAGAUCGGCACUGAUGCCUAUGGAUUUUACAUGUCGAUAAACCAGUUCUCAGGGGAGCUGGACGACUACUAUGGUUCUUGCAUAUAUGCAAUAUCCAAGUCGCAACUCCAAGCACCAGAGAAUGCCACGAUUCUCCGCUUCGUCGUCCCUUACUCAGAGGCCCUCAGCAAUCCAGCCUACACCAUCUACCCUCAGAAGGUCGCAGCCGACGGGGACUACGACUACAGCCACGGCGGCACCAUGUAUUUCGGCUGGACGCCAAUCAACUACAACCCCGGCGCUCCCAACGAAACCGUGCUGGUUGCUAAUUAUACCAUGAUUGGCGCCUUUGCUCUAACGGGUACAAGUGCUCUGGGCACACCGGAAGCAGACAGCUUGGUGGAGCCACACUGUGCCGCUGUGAACACUCCCCCGUACUAUAAUCCUUUGCCCGUAACCCAGAAACCCGGGCCUGUUCCCACUGCUUGGAGGAUGAACAGCACAAUCGCACCCAUCGGCCCUUCGUUUGUAGAUAUGCGAGGCGUGGUGGUAUCCCCUGGGAAGAGGCAGAUGUGGGUGAGCUUUAUGUCGGCCUUUGGCAAGGACAUGAGUGCUUCUGCCGUGGUCGCGAGGCUUCGCUUGUCUUUGAGGCUCAAGCGCAAGUGGAGGCCGUUUCAAGUGUUUCUGGAGCGGUUCAAAGUGGUGGGGGUGGGCGGAGGGAACAGCCUCAUUCAGCCCACCAUCGCUCUCAACAGGCACGGCAAGGGCAUCAUAGCAGUGUCACUAGCAGGGCGUUCCUUCUACCCCUCAGCUGCCUAUGCCACUCUCAACGCCAAUGUGGAUGUCGGCCGCGUGGUCGUUACCGGCCCAGGGAAAGUGCCGCUCGACGACUUCACUGGUUACCGCGGUGCAACGGAGAUGCGGUACGGGGACUACAUGACGGCAACAAUCGACGAGGAGGGCAACGCGUGGGCGGCAGUGCAGUAUGUGGCGGGGCAGCCGCGCACCGAGUGGAGCAACUGGGCUACCUUCGUCUUCAAAGUCCACCUGCAGGGGCGGGAGGGAGAGGGGAAUGGGGAUGGGGGAAACGGGGGCGGGGGAAAUGGGGACGGGGGGAAUGGGGACAGCGGGGGGAAUGGGGAUAAUGAGGGGAGUGGUGAUAACGGAGGGAAUGGGGACAACGGGGGAAAUGGGGAUCAUGAGGGGAAGUAG